CGUUCUCCGGUCUCGUUUAGAAGGGCUCUGGCAUACUCGAGGCUGGAAUGGAGACUCUCGCACCCAUCAAGGAGGAUCCCCUGAGGAAGAAGUCUGGCGAGAAGAAGAAGGGCAAGGACCGGGGGAAGGGCAAGGGAAACAGAGGAAGAAAUAGGAGACAGAGACAGCGCUCGGGAGAGGAGGAGACACAAGAGGAGGAGCCAUUUUAUGAUGGUGAAGAAGAUGUUUAUGAAUAUGAGGAUGAAUUUCCAUCGGAGGUUCCAUUCAUGACACAAGUAGACAAGGUCAAAUUGUCGACAAUUAAUCCUCUACAUUUAGAGGGAGAAAUUGAAAAGAUGGAUUUGGCAACAUCCAGUCCUGUCCAUUUUAAAGAAGAAGCAGGAGAGGGAGAAUUCCCAACAGCUGAUCACCACUUACAGGGAGAAACAGAAGAGGAGGGUGAAUUCCAAACAGCGAGUACCCUCUAUUCACAGGAGGGUGUAGAGGAGGGAAGUAAGGCCAACACUGGACCAAAAGUGAAACAUGUUCGAAGAAGGAGGAGCGCCCCCUGGCCUGAGGACAUGGCCUACAUGCCGGGGGCACGUGGAGGAAGAAAUCGCUACCAGAGGAGACAACAAUCCCGGUCUGGAGCAGGAGGACGGAGAGAGCUGAAUAAGAAGAAGCAGCCGGAUCCGGAACCUGAGCAUCAACUGCCUGAACAUCAGACACCGACUGAGAUGGAAUCUGAGACCAAGGGAGAAACUGAGACUGAGAUAGAAGGAGUGACAGAGGAAGAAACUGAGACUGAGAUAAAGGGAGAGAUAGAGGGAGAAACUGAGACUGAGAGAGACAAAGAGACAGAGGGAGAGACAGAGGGAGAAACUGAGACUGAGAUAGAGGAAGAGAUAGAGGAUGAGACUGAGAUAGAGGAAGAGAUAGAGGAUGAGACUGAGAUAGAAGAAGAGACAGAGGGAGAAACUGAGACCGAGGUAGAGUGGGAGACUGAGGGAGAGGGCGAGACUGAAAGAGAGACACCAAUAGAGACUGGGCCAGGCCUGGAAACAGAUACAGAGGACAGUGAGGAUAUAGGAGAGGAGGAGACAGAAAUAGAGACAGAGGAUGAGAUCUAUACAGAUGGAACUGAGAUGGAGGGAGAGGGGUCGGAACUGGAAAAUGAGAGAGAGGCAGAGCUAGAGAUGGAGCGAGAGAGAGACAGGUUAGAGAUGGAGAGAGAAGAGGAGCUGGAAAUGGAGAGACGGAGAACCGAAUGGGAAAGAGAGAGAGAAGAGGAGCUGGAGGAAAUGGAGAGGGAAAGAGAGAGAGAGACACACACAGGGGCAGAUACAGCAACGCCUUAUGACUAUUUAAAGGGUGCUCCCGGUGAAAAUGGAAUCCCUGGAGAAAAGGGAGAAAUUGGAGAAAAAGGACAAAAGGGAGAGCCUGGGAUUGGCCAUCGAGGUCCAGUUGGACAGGCAGGCCCCCCAGGACAAAAGGGGGAGCCUGGAGAGCCAGGACCGCCAGGUGCCCAGGGCGUCCAGGGUAUCCGUGGCAACCCGGGGAUCUCAGGCUUCCAGGGUCAGAGGGGCUUGCCUGGUGACCCAGGGGAACCUGGAACAGUAGGCGAUCGGGGGAGGAGGGGAAAGAACGGAUCACCGGGACCUCCAGGUGCACGUGGUGCUCUAGGAAAACAGGGCCUGCCUGGACCACGUGGCGCAAAAGGUGAUAAGGGAGACAGUAUCCCAGGGGAACCAGGAGACAGAGGUGUGGCUGGGCUCCCAGGUCGAAGGGGUGAAAAGGGAGUUUUUGGCGCAAAGGGACCUAACGGGCAGACAGGUCCCAAAGGGUUCCCCGGAUUUAAAGGAGUGAAGGGUGACAAGGGCGUGCCUGGAAACAGAGGAGAAAGGGGAAGUCCUCUCUCUGUCCCAGGGCCCCAUGGAUACAAAGGCAACAAAGGCGAAACGGGUGACAAAGGCCCUCCUGGCUUUGAUGGAGAUAAAGGAGAGAAGGGUGAGGACGGUCCCACAGGUGUGAAGGGACUCAAAGGGGAACCUGGUACCAAAGGUGCCGUGGGACCGUUUGGAGCCCGUGGGCCAGUAGGACAGAAGGGGGACCCUGGAGAGCCCGGUGCCAAUGGAGAAGUGGGUCGUCAUGGUAAUGACGGAUGGCAUGGGGCCAAGGGUUCUAAAGGAGACCGGGGCCUGCAGGGUCAGAAGGGAGAUCAGGGUGACCCAGGAGAGCCAGGUUUGCCAGGAGACACUGGUGAAGUGGGAGAAAAGGGACUCCGUGGCUUCCCAGGACGUAUGGGCACCACAGGCAUGGAUGGUGAAAAGGGGGACACAGGGGCCCCUGGGAAUCCUGGGAUCCCGGGUCUCAACGGGCUGUCUGGACGGAAGGGGGACAAAGGAGAUGGAGGCUUGAAUGGUAUAGAUGGAGCUCCAGGUCAGAAAGGAGAGAAGGGAAAUGUUGGAUUUGCUGGGUUUCGUGGAUUUAAAGGUACUGCUGGGACACCGGGUAAAGACGGAGCGGCAGGACCUCCUGGUCUGGAUGGUGCUAAAGGAGACGGAGGACCCAAGGUACGGCUGUGGUCUGCUUCCUGUUCUGUAUAAGCACCAGCUACAACCGCAGACUGCAAGUGUAUCCAAACAUGUUACUGUGCUGAAAUACAGGAGUGAAGCAGCACAGUUUAUAGAGCUGUCAGAAAACAAAAACUAAGGUAAUUGGUUGGAACAAAAACCAGCACACGGACCAACCCUCCAGGACCGGAGUUGCGCAGUCGUAUCCCGUACUAUGUGCUGUCCUAUUUCACAAGGUCUAAGAAUCUCGGGGCUUUAAGAAGAACAGUAGCAGCUGCAGGACUGCAGGCCUCCAGAUCCCUGACUGGACACCUUU